AUGAGUGUUCCUAUGCUUAAGAUCGGGGCAGUGCUCAGCACUAUGGCCAUGGUGACCAACUGGAUGUCUCAGACUCUUCCCUCUCUGGUGGGGCUUAAUGGGACCACUAUCUCCAGAGGAGGUACCUCAGAGAGGAUUGUUAGUCAUGCUUUUCUUAUCUUCAUCUACAACCAGUCCUGCUUUCCCAGCUCCUACAUCUUCUGUUUAAAAGCUCUUUACCCGAGCCCAGAGGAAGGCUGGCAAAUCUACAGUUCAGCACAGGACGCAGAUGGGAAGUGUAUCUGCACCGUGGUUGCACCGGCCCAGAACAUGUGUAACCGCGACCCACGCAGCAGACAACUUCGCCAGCUCAUGGAGAAGGUGACAGCUGUCAAUAGCACACCCACGUUGAGACUCAACCGUUACCCACACAGACACACAAAGUACCAUGCUGUGUCUGGCAGCGGCCAUCACACGCAGGCUGCUCAACCUAAUGAGGACACCUGGGUGCAGUUCUAUUUAGGCAGCACGCAGGUUCAAAACAUUAGUCAGUCAAUGGAGGUACUGGACCUGCGGACCUACAGAGAUCUACAGUAUGUAAGGAACACAGAGAGCUUAAUGAAAGUGGUCGAUGGGAAACUGAAGGUGGCCUCUGAAAAUCCCCGCAGCUUAAAUCCAAAGGGCUUUCAGGAGUUGAAAGACAAGGUGACCCAGUUACUUCCCUUGUUGCCAGUGUUGGAACAAUACAAGGCUGACGCAAAGAUGAUCCUGCGACUUCGGGAAGAAGUGCGAAAUCUAUCCUUGGUGCUCAUGGCCAUCCAAGAGGAGAUGGGAGCCUAUGACUAUGAGGAGUUGCGCCAGAGAGUGCUGCUCCUGGAGACCAGGCUCCACUCCUGCAUGCAGAAACUAGGUUGCGGGAAGCUCACUGGUGUCAGUAAUCCCAUCACUGUGCGUGCAUCGGGGUCAAGGUUCGGCUCCUGGAUGACGGACACAAUGAUACCCAGCUCAGACAACAGAGUGUGGUCCAUGGACGGGUACUUCAAGGGCCGACGCGUCCUGGAGUACCGCACGAUGAACGAUUUCAUGAAAGGCCAGAACUUUGUGCAACACCUGCUUCCGCACCCGUGGGCGGGCACGGGCCACGUGGUCUACAACGGCUCUCUUUACUACAACAAGUACCAGAGCAACAUCAUCAUCAAGUACCAUUUCCGGUCUCGAAGCGUGCUGGUGCAGCGCAGUCUGAGCGGAGCCGGCUACAACAACACGUUCCCGUACUCGUGGGGCGGGUGGUCUGACAUUGACCUGAUGGCGGAUGAGAACGGCCUCUGGGCUGUGUACACCACCAUCCCCAACGCUGGGAACAUAGUCAUCAGUCGCCUGGAGCCCCAGAGUCUGGAGGUGCUGCAGACCUGGGACACCGGCUUUCCUAAACGUAGUGCCGGGGAGUCUUUUAUGAUCUGCGGCACACUGUACGUCACCAAUUCCCACCUUGCUGGCGCCAAGAUCUACUUUGCCUACUACACCAACACAUCAACCUAUGAAUAUACAGACAUCCCCUUCCACAAUCAGUACUCCCACAUCUCCAUGAUGGACUACAACCCCAGAGAGAGGGUUUUGUACACCUGGAACAACGGACACCAGGUUCUCUACAACGUCACACUCUUCCAGGUUAUUAAGACUUCUGGGGACUGA